AAAACAUUUCAAUUCAGCUUGACUUCACUGUUCACUUGUCUCAGCUGAAGCUUAACCCAUAUCUGGGAAGAAACGCUGAAUCAAUCAAUGGCACCCAUCCAGAAGAAACCAAAGAAGAAGACAAAAUACAAACACAAACAAGUGAGCUUGGUUGUUCCUGUUGAACCCAAAACCAAUGAAGUUGAUUGGUGGGAAUCUUUCUGGCACAAAAAUUCUACUGCCCCAGGAUACUCGGUACCUAAUGAUGAGUCACAAGGGUUUAAGUAUUUCUUCAGGGUGUCAGAGACUACAUUUGAAUACAUAUGUUCUCUUGUGAGAGAGGAUCUUAUAUCAAGGCCUCCAUCAGGGCUUAUCAACAUAGAAGGAAGGCUGCUUAGUGUUGAGAAACAGGUUGCUAUUGCUCUUAGAAGGUUGGCAUCCGGCGAAUCUCAAGUCUCGGUUGGAGCUUCUUUUGGAGUUGGCCAGUCGACGGUUUCACAGGUUACUUGGAGAUUUGUUGAGGCGCUUGAGGAACGUGCUAAACGUCAUCUGAAUUGGCCUGAUUCCGAUAGAAUGCAGGAAAUUAAGUCUGGUUUUGAAGCGUUGUAUGGUUUGCCUAAUUGUUGUGGAGCUAUUGGUGCAACACACGUCGUGAUGACACUUCCGGCUGUUCAAACCUCGGAUGAUUGGUGUGAUCAAGAGAAGAAUUACAGCAUGUUGUUACAAGGAAUUGUUGAUCAUGAAAUGAGGUUCAUUGACAUUGUGACAGGUUUGCCUGGGGGAAUGACAUUUUCACGAUUAUUGAAGUGUUCAACAUUUUUCAAGCUCUCACAAAACGGGGAGCGUUUGAAUGGAAAUGUUAGAAAUUUAGGUGGAGAUAUGAUAAGAGAAUAUGUAGUUGGUGGGUACAGUUAUCCUCUUCUUCCAUGGCUUAUGACGCGUUAUGAAACUAGCGGUGGAUCAGAUUCAAUGUCCACUUUUAAUCACAAACACGAAGCUGCAAGACUACUUGCGGUGAGGGCACUUUCACUGUUGAAGGGGAGUUGGAAAAUCCUUAGUAAGGUUAUGUGGAGACCUGAUAAAAAGAAACUGCCAAGCAUUAUCUUGACAUGUUGUUUGCUUCAUAAUAUCAUUAUUGACUGUGGAGACACCUUAGAUCCAGAGGUUGCAUUGUCUGACCAUCAUGAUUCUGGAUACCGAGAACAGUAUUGCAAGCAAGUUGAUCCUUCAGGAAGAACCGUGCGAGAAAAUUUGGCCAAGCAUUUACGACAUGGAAUGCAAUUAGAUGCUCAUGGUACUUCUGCUACCUCUGUCCAUCUUAUUUAGAAUUUGACUUUUGGCCUUGGGAUUUUGUUGUUCAACUUAGUUUUAUUUGCUUAUUGAGAGCUGUGAUUAAGUAAAGCUUCUCUUAUCCCAUUGUCUUUCGUGAAUGUUAAUUAUCAGUAUUAUUGAAAGAAAUGUUGUUAUGCAUAUAGUUCUCAGUGAGCAAUAACACACCGGCAUAAUGAAUCCUAAUGUCUUCGUUAUUAUUGUACUUUUGUUGCACAAAUGACUUUUAUGAGACGAGUUAAACAAAUAGAAUUCGACUUUUGGCCUCGGUAUUCUGUUGUUUAA